AUGGUUCGCUACGCCGCCACCGAGAUCGAGUCGGGCAAGUCCGCCCGCGCCCGCGGCGCCUACCUCCGGGUUUCCUUCAAGAACACCCGCGAGACUGCCCAGGCCAUCAACGGCUGGAAGCUGACCCGCGCCGUCACCUUCCUCGAGAACGUCUGCGAGAAGAAGGAGGCCGUCCCCUUCCGCCGGUACGCUGGCUCCAUCGGCCGCACUGCCCAAGGCAAGGCUUUCGGUGUCACCAAGGCCCGCUGGCCCGUCAAGUCCGCCGAGCACCUCCUCGGCCUCCUCAAGAACGCCGAGUCCAACGCUGAUGCCAAGGGUCUCGACACCUCCAACUUGAUCGUCAAGCACAUCCAGGUCAACCAGGCCCCCAAGCAGCGCAGACGGACUUACCGUGCCCACGGUCGUAUCAACCCUUACAUGUCCAACCCCUGCCACAUCGAGCUCAUCCUGACCGAGGGUGAGGAGGUUGUCCAGAAGUCCGAGGCUGUUGUUGGCCGUGACUCUGCCCACCUUUCUUCCAGACAACGCGGCUCUCGCCUCCGGAAGGCUAUCACCUCGGCGUAA